UCUCCCCAUCGUGCCAUGACCAGUUUGGUCCUCCCUAUCCAGGUCCCACGGCAGCCAAGAUGGCCGGGGAAAUAGGUCCCAUCUCGGCGUCGUUGCCGGUCGACAUAAUCAUUGCCGGCUUCUUCGCGAUUGUGUGUUAUAACUGCGUCGAAAUCCUCAUCUCGCUGCUCCACCGCUUUAAGCGCCACGAUGGGCUCUAUUUCUGGAGUAUGGUUAUAGCGACACUGGGAAUUGCGCUUCAUUCGAUAGUGGUGUUGCUACAUUACUACAGCCUUGGGCCAAACCUUCCACUGGCUUUUCUAAUAUAUAUCAGUUGGUGCUGAUUAUAAUUAUUAUCAAUUUCUAUAUCCUUUAUAUCCCGG